CAAAUGAUGUUUCAAGACCAACAAAACGAAUGGCAGUAGUCAAAAUAAAAGUCAGAGAGAUAGAAAAGGAGAGAGAGACAGAGAAAAGAGAAACGAUUCCGAACGAACAAGAAGCAAAUAAAUAUAUAAAAUUAAUAAUAUUGAACAUAGAUGUUUGAAGACAUAUCGUGGAUUUGGUGAGAAAACGAAAUAAGUGCACAAAAUAAAGUGAGAAAAGAACAAUCGAUUGCUGUUUUAGCGAUGUCAAGUGAACACAAAACUGCUUAGUAAAUAUAAAAUGAAAAAAAAAACCUUUUUUUUGGGUAAUUCGUAUAAGAUAGUUCAAGAGCUCGACAUAGGCGAGCUGUGUGUGUAUCUCAUUCAUAAAAAUACAGUAAAAUUUUUCCUUGACGAAAAAUUUCGUGAGUGUGCUACUUUUGGUUGUGUUGCUUUUUUCUUCUUCUUCUUCUUCUUCUUCUUCUUCUUCUAUUUCUACAGAACUAUUGCAGUUGAUUUGAAAAUGCAUAAUUUGUGUAUUUAUCACAUAUUCAAUCAUUUUAAUUUGUGUUGUGUCAUGAAGUGUAUGUGUUGUUAUCUUGUUUAGCACAGUUUCCAUAAGUGAUUCGUAAUCGUCCAAAAUAAAGAGGAAAAAAACAGCACACAUAUCAUUUUUUUAUUUUGACAAUUUUGCGCGCAUUUGAGUUUCUCCAUUACCUCCAGCGAUCUGUGUUUUACAUGAUUUGUUCAUCCGUCGUUUUUUUUUUCGUACGUGCACUUGUGAUGAGAUCAAUAUAUUGAUAAAGAAAAUACAGAAGAAAAAAAUAAACGAAGAAGAAGAUGAUGAUGAAAAAGAAACGACUUUCUCUGGAAAUGUUUUUGAUGUGCAAAACGAUAUAAUACUCGAUACUUGUGACUCCGAAAUACGAGAAAAAAAGAUGUUUUUAAUUUAUUUGGCACCUGAAUGAAUAUACCUUGUGGUAUUUGUGCGUUAUUUUAUAUAUUUUUUCUCUCUGUUGCCUUCAUUCUCUGUUCACUCGAGUUUCUCACAAUAUGAACGCUGAACAGAGAGAUGAUUGAAGAGAAUCAAUGGAAACAAACAAAAUAGAGAGGAUAGAGAGAUGUGUGUGGUAUGUUCAUUGCUUUGGCUGCCUGAUGUUCAUGGUGUAAUAUUGUUGUUGUUGUUGUUUCGUGUGUGACAUCAGUGAGUGGUGUGUAUCUGUGCAUUUGUCGAAUUGUUAAUUAUUCAGUGCGAAAAUUUCCUAUUGGAAAAUGACAUGACAUUUGGCCAGAUCCUACCGAUAACGAUAACCGUAUUUGAGUGAAUUUGUGUGAGAGCGAGAAAUGUAGACAAAAAAAAAUCGAAUGAAAGACAGGGAGAUAGAGAGAGAGCGCGCAUGAGAAGAGCAGCCAACAGUCAGUCAGUCAACCAGCCAGCUAACAACAAACACAACUGACUCAAAUACAAAAUCAGCUCGAGCUAGAGUGACAGAGAGAUAGAACGAACAACGGAAAAUAGAGAGUGUUUUAAAACGAAACCGCAUCACACAUCAUUUCAACAACGAUUAACCCGAACAAUUAAAGCAAAUAAAUUCGCCAGAAUCCUUUUUUCGCACGAAUGCAAUUACUGAGGCUGAAAAAGAGCUUAAGCCCAACCGAAAAACAAAAACCGAACACAAUACGACGAUAAAGAGAUAGAGGGAGAGUAAAGGAGUGAACAAAACAAUUCGAUUCGAUUUAUCAAGUGCCCAAUCAUGCUAUUAAAUGUCUCAACCAAAAUUAACCGUUAGUCGUGAUAUUCGAUUUACACUGCCAUCAUUGUUCAAGGAAAGGUGAUUUUCUGUCUCUCUUCACUCUCUGUUCGCAUCAUCUGUGGUGGCGCAUUUUGUGUGUGGUUUUUUCGCUGUUGCACCUGAAGUGCGCACAGCUCGCAAAAUAAAAAUAUAUCUCGCUCUCUCGCCAAUAAUAAAAACGGACGAACGGAUCGCCGUCGAAUACAUCAAAGUUGAGCGAAUAAAUGCUUGGGACAACAGCUACGAGCUGCCAAAACGUUACGGAUUAGCAGCCAACUGAGCGUUGCAUUGUUUGUCAACAGCAGCAACAGCAGCAGCAGCAACGGCAGCACCAAACAGAACAAAAGCGACUACACAAAGAUAGAGAGAGAUAGCAAAGAGCCGAAAUUUAAUCAGAAAAAAAGCCAAAUUUAACAGAUAAUAAAGAACAAUAACUACACACACACGGAGAGAGAUCGUGUCGAUGUUGUGUUUCGUGUGUAAAUUGUUGCCAGUCGUGUGAAUUGUUUUGCGUGUGUUUUUAUUUUCGGUGAAUAUUUUUCGCUGAUCUACGGCACCUGAAUAACAAAACUCAUACGCGUACGCAUCACUCAUUCGGAGCGAGUCCAGCGUAUCAUACAAUCAAAAUAUUGUAUUCAACCCGUUCACUCGCUCUUGCUCCACAACACAACAAGCAACAAACAAGCCGAGAAGAAGAAGAAGAAGAAGUAGGAGCAGAAACGCGAAAGAAAAAAGAUGAGUGAAUCAUUAAGCACGAAAAGUGAAAAUGACGAUGAAACUGAAAAAUGGUCGUGCGAAUAUUGCACAUACGAGAAUUUUCCAUCAUCAUUGAAAUGCACAAUGUGCAUGGGUCAAAAGCCGUUAUUAAAUGAGGAUAUAUUUCGACUAAGCCCGUCACAGCAAGUCUCUUGCAGUAAUAUUGUGGAGUCAUCGAGUUUGAAUUUAUCACAAAGUAAUCUGACGGCAUGCGGUUCGUCAAAUAAUCAGGAAUCACCAGCUAGCAAAUGGACGUGUUCGGUGUGUACGUUUGUGAAUUCGGUGAAAUGUAGUCGGUGCGCCCAGUGCACGGUGAAACGUGAAUCGGAUUUGGACUCAUCAAGCCAUGUGCAAGAACAAAUUAAUGCGCUUAGCAUAAAAGAUGUAGACGCCGAAUUGAUAGCGGUCAACAAUCGAACUAGCCCAUUGCGAUCGAACAGUUUGUCGGGGUCUCGAACAAAUUUAGGUGCAGCUGGUAAUCGAAUCAGUCCGGUUGAUAACAAAUGCUAUUCAACCAACAAAUGGCCGUGUUCGGUGUGUACAUACGAAAAUUGGCCGAAAAGUCUAAAAUGUUCAAUGUGCGGAUGUCCAAAAGAUGGUAGUGUAAAUAAUACUGAUAGAUUUGGUGCUAACACAAUAUCGUCGCCGGAACGAGAUAUCGAUGAGAAUUGUGCUGGAAAUUUUAUUAUAUCGAAUGCAAAUAAACGUAAUUUAUCUCAUCAUCGCUAUCAAUUGGGUAGCAACGAACCAAUAAAUAACUGUGAUUCACUGCAAGAGCGGCGCCUUCGUCAAAUUCGACGUCAGGCUGAUUGGCAAUGGUUGAAUGCUUGCAUUGGUGUCGUUGAGAACAAUUACGGUGCCGUUGAAGCAUAUUUAUCAUGCGGAGGUAAUCCCGGCCGAUCGUUAACUAGUACAGAAGUGGCUCUACUAAAUCGAAACUCAGCUUAUGACGUGGGUCAUACGCUGAUACACUUGGCGAUUCGAUUUCAUCGCGAAGAAAUGUUACCAAUGCUUUUAGCACAAAUCUCUGGUGGUCCAGGCAUAAAACGUGUGCCAUCCUACGUAGCACCCGAUUUGGCAUCUGAUAUUCGUCGACAUUUUGCAACGUCAUUACGUGUACGAAAGAAUAUGUUUAAUUGUCACUAUAUAACUGAGCACGCGACAUUUUCACUGCCAGCUGAAAUCGAGGAGUUGCCGAUAUCCGUGCAGGAGCAAUUAUACGAAGAGCUCUUGGAUCGUGAUGCACAAAAGCAACUGGAAAGUUCACCGCCCGCUUUGAAUUGGUCGCUUGAGAUAACAGCACGCUUGGGAUCCCGUUUGAUGGUUCUAUGGAAUCGUAGUGCCGGCGAUUGCUUGCUCGAUUCAGUAAUGCAAUCGACCUGGGGCGUUUUUGAUCGUGAUAAUGUACUGCGGCGUGCACUUGCCGAUAGUUUACAUCAAUGUGGAAAUAUCUUUUAUCCACGAUGGAAGGAAUACGAAAUGCUUCAAGCAGCUGUACUAAAUUAUACAUUAGCCGAAACACAGUGGGAGAUCGACUGGACUACGUUACUAUCGUUAGCUAAUCAGCCUGGAUCAUCUCUCGAACAAAUUCACAUAUUUGCGCUGUCACACAUAAUGCGACGGCCAAUCAUCGUGUAUGGUGUAAAGUUUGUAAAAAGUUUCCGCGGUGAGGAUAUUGGCUAUGCACGGUUCGAGGGUCUCUAUUUGCCGUUGUUGUGGGAGCAAAGUUUCUGUAUAAAAUCACCAAUAGCCCUUGGAUACACGCGAGGUCAUUUCAGUGCGCUGGUACCAACCGAACCAUACAGUCGCAUCGAUGCAGCUAGAGAUGAUUCGGAAGACGUCACAUUUUUACCGUUAAUGGAUUGUGAACAAAAAUUGUUGCCCAUCCAUUUCCUAACACAAAAUGAGAUGGGUCGAGAAGAGUCAAUAAUGCGUCAAUGGUUGGAUGUGUGCGUGACCGAAGGCGAUCUUCUAGUUGCACAACAAAAGCUGCACAAGCGUCCACUUUUAGUGGCACAAAUGCUAGAAGAAUGGCUGAAUCACUAUCGACGAAUUGCGCAAGUGAUGACCGCCCCAUUCUCACGUCGUCCAACGGUUACCGGUUACUCAAGCGAUGGCGAUACCGACGAAGAAUAAAGCAACCAUUUCCAUCACAGUGGAUAGAGAAAACAAUUUAAACAGAGAAUAACAAAAAAAAAGCUUUAGAUUUUCUUAUAGAUGAAAAUUCAUCCAAUGGAUUUCAAAGAAUUUCUGCAAUCGUACGUUUUCCUAUUGAAUCACCUCCGGAAUGCUAUCAGCAGAACAAAGAGAAAAUUAAAAUCAUAACGCGCAAACACACGUUCUUCACUCAUGCAAUUGGUUCUAAGUCCCAAAACAAACAAACAAAAAACAAAACAAAACAAGAAAUUGCUUUCAUCCAUGCCAAAUCACAUGUCGUAAUUUAAGAUUUUGAAUUUCAAUGUCUUAACCUAUUUAUGGAAGAAAAUCCUUAAGAAUUCUAAAAAAAACAAUGUGAAUUACUGUCUAAUAGAUUUUUUUUUUCUGAAUUCAAAUACAAUUUAAAAUCCAUAAUGGCGAAUCAAAAUGUGAGAAUCAUCCGAUGAUUUUCCAAAGUGAAAACAAAAACAUGAAAACUAUAUAUAUAUAUAUGUAACAAAAAAAUGAAUGAAAAAUUCAUUGUCAAACGGCUUAUUUUAUCGAAUAUGCUUAAGAUGAUUGAAAUGAAGAGAAAAAGUUGGAAGGAAAAAAAUCUCAAGCGAUGCUACUAUAUAAUUGUAUGUGAUUAAUUUUGACGAGCGUUUAAGACAUCGCAGACCUGAUUCUGUGUGACCUGUGCUCAAAAAAGAGCGCAACCAAAGUGAGAUUGAUUGCGCAUUGGUUGCUUCGAAGUUGAUACAAUUUUUUGCCUUUUUCAACGUCUUAUUUUUCGAAAAAGAAAGGAAAAAUGCACAUUCAAAUGAAGUGUCAUUCUUUAUUUUUUUGUGUGGCGUUGUCAAUCAAAUUUUUUUCUUCCGAUAAGGAAUUUAAUUUUCGUUCUUCGUUUUUAACUUGAUUUUGCUAAUGAAAAACCAAAUUCUAAUUAUAAGAGAGUUUCUGUAAUGAAAUAUUAUUGUUGAAGGAGGAAAAAAAAUAUUACGAAAUUAUUUUUGAACGAAAUGAAUGAUUUUUCAACAGCCGAUUUGCGGUAACUAUCGUGACCUUUUUAGUUGAUUUUUUCUUUCUGUUUGGUACUAUCUCGAUCAUUCAAUAGAAUUAAAAGAAUAAUCAAAUUCUUUUCUGUAAUUCAAAUGGUAUCAUCCGAUUUGGAGAAGUGAACGAUGGGAGAUGAAAAUAUACACACACAUGCAUCUAUAUAUACAUUCAAAUGUCAAUUUCAAUGCAGUGAUUUAACGAAAUAAUACAAAAAACAAAACUAUA